GCGUAUGCUUUUGUUUUAAUAUUGAUUUUCUUGCUUUUGCGCAUUGUCAAGAGUUUCGCUGGCCUUCCACGUGGGCCAGCCGGACGCGUUGUCAUAUGUUGAAUGAAAGUAAGUGACUAGCGUUCCGUAAACGUCACUGAAGUUAAUCUCUGAAGUUAAUCCUUAAUUCAUCCUGUGCGCGGUCGCGGGUACUAACCGCGUGCGAACUUUCGGAACCAGUUGCGACAAACGCGUCAGUAUGGCCUCAUCCAGCGAGAGAAAAGGAACUUUCAAAGUCCGAGCUCUUCAAGAGAUCGAAGCCAGCGUACAGGCGAAAUGGGAGGCCGAGAAAGUGUUCGAGGUAGACGCGGCUGGUGAUCAAGGCGACGGCAAGUUCUUCGUCACGUUUCCCUACCCGUACGUGAACGGGCGGCUACACCUGGGUCACUCGUUCUCGCUGUCAAAGUGCGAGUUCGCCGUCGGCUACCAGCGUCUGCUGGGCAAGAAAUGCCUCUUUCCGUUCGGUUUUCACGCCACCGGAAUGCCGAUCAAGGCAUGCGCCGACAAACUGGCGCGCGAGAUGGAGGAGUACGGCUGCCCGCCCGUCUUUCCGGAGGACGACGCCGGCGACGAGGUCUCCAAGAUGCCGCCGGCGACGCGGCAUGAGGCCUUGCUCAAGAGCAAAGCCAAAGGAAAGAAGAGCAAGGCGGCCGCCAAGACCGUAGCGGCGAAGUACCAGUGGCAGAUCAUGCAGUCGCUGGGACUUUCGGACGCCGAAAUCGCCAAGUUCGCCGACGCCGGAUACUGGCUUCACUACUUCCCGCCCAUAAUCCGCGAAGACCUGAAAAGGAUGGGCCUCAAGGCGGACUGGAGGCGUUCUUUCGUCACGACGGACGUGAACCCGUACUACGAUUCGUUCGUCCGUUGGCAGUUCCUCCGGCUGAAGGAGAGGCAGCGCAUCAAGUUCGGCAAGCGCUACACCAUCUUCUCGCCCAAGGUCAACCAGCCCUGCAUGGACCACGACCGAGCGGGGGAAGGUGUUGGACCGCAGGAGUACCUUCUAGUUAAAAUGAAGGCUGUCGAACCUCUACCGCAAGCCCUGAAGACGUUGCAGGGCCGCAAUGUGUUCCUGGUCGCAGCCACUCUACGGCCGGAGACGAUGUACGGGCAGACCAACUGCUGGGUUCGACCAGAUAUGGAUUACGUGGCGUUCGAGCUCAAGAACGGCGACGUUUUCGUUUGCACGUACCGGGCCGCUCUCAACAUGAGCUACCAGGGCUUCACGGCCGACAACGGCAAAAUCAAAGUCCUCAUCAACCUCAAGGGCCAGGAUCUAAUUGGUCUUGGGUUGUCUCAGCCGCUGACCUGCCACAAAAUAAUUUACACACUUCCCAUGCUCAACAUCAAGGAAGACAAGGGAACGGGGGUGGUGACGUCGGUGCCUUCGGAUUCUCCGGACGAUUACGCCACCUUGCGUGACUUGAAGAACAAGGAACUCCUGCGGCAGAAGUAUGGCGUUGCUGACAACAUGGUACUGCCGUUUGAUCCAGUUCCCAUUGUAGAGGUGCCUGGCUAUGGCUCGCUCUCGGCCGUUGCGGUCUGCGACGAAUUAAAAAUCCAAAGCCAGAACGAUCGCGACAAGCUUCAGGAAGCAAAGGAGAAGAUCUACCUCAAGGGCUUCUACGAAGGUGUGCUCCUGGUGGGACCGUAUAAAGGAAAAAAGAUUCAAGAUGUCAAGAAGGACAUCCAAAAAGGUAUGGUCGACGAGGGCAAAGCGGUCGUGUACAUGGAGCCUGAGAAAAAGGUGAUUGCGCGCUCAGGUGACGAGUGCGUCGUGGCACUGUGUGACCAGUGGUACCUCGACUAUGGCGACCCCAAGUGGAAGGACAUGGCGAAAACUUCCCUGUCCAAGAUGGAGACAUACUCUGAGGAAGUUCGCAAGAACUUUCUGGCCACCCUAGACUGGCUCUGCGAGCAUGCAUGUUCGAGAACUUAUGGUCUCGGUACCAAGCUGCCAUGGGACGAAUCGUGGCUGAUAGAGUCACUGUCUGACUCCACAAUCUACAUGGCUUACUACACAGUCGCUCACUACCUCCAGUGUGGCGACCUCAUGGGUGGAUCGGGUUGUCCUCCAUAUUUCAUCAGGCCCGAAGAUAUGACGCCAGAAGCCUGGGACUACUUGUUUCUCAACGUUGCCAGUAAGACCAAGCUUCAGAAGAAAGAUGCCCUCGAUGCCAUGAAGAAGGAGUUUGAAUUCUGGUAUCCCAUGGACCUGCGCUGCUCUGGCAAAGACUUGAUACCAAACCACUUGUCUUACUGCAUAUUUAACCAUUGUGCCAUGUGGCCCGAAAACCCUGAGAAGUGGGUUCUCGGCAUGCGUGCCAAUGGACACCUGUUGCUAAAUUCUGAGAAGAUGUCUAAAUCUACAGGGAACUUCCUCACCCUUGCAGAUGCGUUGGACAAGUUUUCGGCUGAUGGAAUGAGGCUGGCUCUAGCGGACGCUGGGGACGGCAUUGAAGAUGCAAAUUUCGUUGAGACCAUGGCAGAUGCUGGAAUCUUACGUCUGUACACGUUCCUUGAGUGGGUGAAAGAGAUGCUUGCCUCACUGUCUUCACUGCGCACAGGCCCAACAGACAGCUAUGUAGACCGAGCUUUCGAAGCCGACAUGAGCCAUGGUGUCUUGACAACCAAGGAACACUACGACCAAAUGAUGUUUAAGGAAGCUUUAAGGACAGGCUUUUUUGAAUUCCAGGCUGCCAGAGACAAGUAUCGUGAGCUGUGUGUGUUGAGAGGAAUGCACAGAGACCUUAUCUUGAAGUUCAUCGAAAUGCAGGCUGUCAUCCUGAGCCCUAUAUGUCCACACAUCUGCGAGCAUGUGUGGUCUAUGCUCGGAAAAAAGAAGAGCAUUAUGCACACCAGAUGGCCCGUCGUCACUGCGCCCGACGAAACUCUCUUGAAGUCAUCGCAGUACCUAAUGGACUCCGUGCAUGAUUUCAGGCUGCGACUAAAGGCAUUUCGCACUGCUGGAAGCAAGUGUAGCAAGAAGAAAGACCUCUCGAUGCACCCUCCGGGACCCCAGAUGGUUCGGGCAACAAUAUGGGUAGCCAAGACUUUCCCUCCGUGGCAGCUGACAAUUCUAACCACACUCAAGCAACUCUUCCAGAAGCACAAUGGUCUUCCAGACAACAAGGUCGUCUCGGCGCAGCUCAAGGACAAGCCCGAGCUAAAGAAGCACAUGAAAAAGGUGAUGCCAUUCGCGCAGGCAGUGCGGGAGAAGGUUGAGAAGCUCGGUAUCGGCGCUCUCAAUGUGAGUCUCGACUUCGACGAGCGGGAGGUGCUCUUGGAGAACUCGAGGUACAUUCUCAACACGCUAGAAGUAGACGACAUUGAAGUCAAGUUCAGUGACGACCCGACGGCCGAGGAGGUCAUCCGGGAAGAGUGCUGUCCCGGUCAGCCGCGCGCGGUGUUUUGCAGUGACACCUUCGUCAACGUCUGCUGCAUCAACCAGCAGCAGUCGUCCGGCUGCUUCGAGGUGCAGGUUCCUGUGCUUGACGGAGACAGCGCAUCCAAGGUGUUGGCGCGGUUGGGUAGAAUGAGCGGUCAUGUUAGUUUCGACGGCCUUCCUGUAAAGCUCCUCAGGUACGAAGAUCCGACGAUGGGCCCACGGAAGAUUCCAACUCUCGAUUGUGAGGAAACUGGCAAGGUUGUCGUUCCCAACGAGGCUAUCUUUCGCAUCAAGGCCGACAAGAGUGGCGUAGAGGUUGAACUGGACGGUACUAGAGUGGAUGUGGGAAGCCAAAUGUCGUAUAUUAUUGUGCCUCAAGUUUGAUGCAGCUGCUGUGAUGUGUUACCUCCAGAACCAUUUAAUAAAAUGGUUUCUGUGCACAUU